UGGGUUCGACCAGAACUGGUGGGUGGGGAACGGGGACACGCGAAGGAUUGGUAAAGUGAGAUCCAGAGGUGGGAGUCAGAUCCUGAUGGUCAUUAGCUAGGCAAUCUCGAAUGUUGGUCCCCAUGGCAGUCUCCUCUCCUCUCCUCUGCCACCUUUGAAAUUGUAGAAGGCCGAGUGAGGAAAACCCGGCCCGGCCCGUAACAGCCCAUGAGGGCCUCCCAGCGGUUCCGGCGCAGGGUAUUCCGAAUAGGUGCGCUGUACCCCAGUUCACAACCCGUCUGCGAUACGGACGUUGGGGAGAACUCACGAAGGGGAACGGUCGCGUGCCGAAACUGGGGCAGGAGAGAUGGGAUUUGCCGGAAUUCGGGUGCCUCUCUGUCAUUCCAGGAGCGGGGGGAGUGAGGAAGGGAGACUGUCUCAGGAUGUCCUUCCGGGACGCCAGCCCACCCCAGUGAGGAGCGGAGCUAGUUGACACCGGAUGUGUUUCCUCCCAGGCUAAGUCCACCUUCCGGCCUAGGCCGCCGCUGCUGCGGAAAGCUGCUUUCUGGCUCUCUGAGUCGAUUGUGACCAUGGCUGCUGAAUCCGAUGUCCUGCAUUUCCAGUUUGAACAGCAAGGAGAUGUAGUCUUGCAGAAAAUGAAUCUCUUGAGACAGCAGAAUUUAUUUUGUGAUGUGUCAAUUUAUAUUAAUGACACCGAGUUCCAGGGGCACAAGGUGAUUUUAGCUGCUUGCUCCACUUUCAUGAGAGAUCAGUUUUUACUUACGCAGUCAAAACAUGUCAGAAUCACCAUCUUGCAGAGUGCAGAAGUUGGCAGAAAACUGUUGCUGUCUUGCUAUACAGGAGCACUUGAAGUUAAAAGGAAAGAGCUUUUGAAAUAUUUGACUGCUGCUAGUUACCUGCAGAUGGUUCACAUUGUGGAAAAGUGCACAGAAGCUUUGUCAAAGUAUCUGGAAAUUGAUCUUUCUAUGAAAAAUAACAAUCAGCAUACCGACCUGUGUCAGUCCUCUGAUCCAGAUGUUAAAAAUGAAGAAGAAAAUUCAGAUAAAGACUGUGAGAUAAUUGAAAUUUCAGAAGACAGUCCCAUAAACGUAGAUUUUCACGUAAAAGAAGAAGAAAGCAAUGUUUUACAGUCUACAGCAGAGUUGACAUCAGAGAGGAAGGAAAUGAAGUCACCAGAGCUGUCUUCAGUAGAUAUUGGUUUUAAAGAUAAUGAAAUUUGUAUCCUCCAUGUGGAAUCUAUCAGUACUGCUGGUGUAGAAAAUGAGCAGUUUUCACAGCCUUGUACCUCUUCAAAAGCAACCAUGUAUUUCUCUGAAACACAGCAUUCACUGAUCAAUUCUACAGUUGAGAGCAGAGUGGCAGAAGUUCCUGGGAAUCAAGAUCAGAGCUUAUUCUGUGAGAAUACUGAAGGAAGUCAUGGUACAGUGAAUGAGAUUCAGAACCUGGAGGAUGCUUAUUCACUGAGGCACCAGUGCCCCAGGUGUCCCCGAGGAUUUCUUCACGUUGAAAACUAUCUGCGCCACCUUAAGAUGCAUAAACUGUUCUUGUGCUUACAGUGCGGGAAAACAUUUACACAGAAGAAAAAUCUCAACCGGCACAUUCGAGGGCACAUGGGCAUACGGCCCUUUCAGUGCACUGUGUGCUUGAAGACCUUUACUGCCAAAAGCACACUUCAGGACCACUUGAACAUACACAGUGGAGAUCGCCCAUACAAAUGCCACUGUUGUGACAUGGAUUUCAAGCACAAAUCUGCCCUCAAAAAGCACUUAACCUCUGUCCAUGGCAGAAGUAGUAGUGAAAAACUACCCAGGCAUGAUCUCAAAAGGCAAAAUCUACUAUAAUUAGAACCACACCUUGCUAUGUAAGCCUUGUAUCGUUCUGUUAGGCAAGUUUUUCUAUAGAAAUGCAGCAGUAUAGUUAUACUGCAUUCCCCUCCUCCCCCAUCUUUGGGUCUUAAUUUUGGUCUGCCUACACGUGUUAUUCUUUCUGAACUUCUACGAACAGUUCCAAAGUGUGGGAGACAUGAUAAAGCUAAUGGGAUGCUGUCUUAUCUCAUGUAUUAUAUGUAAGUCCCAGUGGUAUAACUAGAGAAAUAAUGUUCCUGUCUUAAAUAUUCUUGAUUCUAGUGACAGAGGAUCCAGCAGUAUUUCUAGGUUCUGAUUUUGAGUCUCUAGAUAAAUGAUAUAAAUGUAAAAUCCCAACCAUAUAAUAAUUUUUAGGAAUUAGGAUAACAGGAAGAGAAAAUAACUUAAAAAAAACCGCUAUGAUCCAUUAUUAGUUCUUUGUAGAACUAGCGAAAUAUAUAUAUAUAUAGAUACACAUAUUACAUAUAUGUGUGUGUGUAUCUAUAUAUAUAUUUACAAACUACUGUUGGAUUCUUAACUAAGUACCAAGGUACUUGUUUUAAACUGUAAGGGAACACACUUCAAAUUCACUUGGGAGUAGAGGAAUUUCCUUGUAUGUGGGCUAAUCUUAAAAUGAUGUUUCCAUGACUUGUUAGUAUACAUAAUUUAGAAGUGAUUAAUUGGGCCCAGGUUUCUCAAUUUUAUUUAACAGAGUUGUAUUUAGUAAUUUUAUGACCAGUGAAAUUAUACCAUUGGCAUGAAACUCUGAAAAAUUUCUUUUAGAAAUUCCAAUUUUGGGGCACCUGGGUGGCUUAGUCAGUUAAACAUCUGACUUCAA